AUGUCGGGUAACUCGGCUUCUUGUCCUGGGAGAGGCACAAAGUCAGGGCAUCCAAGUAGGAGCCCGGGAUCCGGAGAGGGCACGGGCCACGCUGUGGCCGCUCCCACUCCACGCCUGGUCCCGAGGGCAGAGGCCCACAGGUCCAGUUGUCCGCUGGCGUCCGCGUACCCCGGCGAGGCGCUGGCGGCCCGGCCCUGUCGCCGGGCGCCCCGGCUGAUCGCGCGGCCCGCCCCUCCCCGCGCGGCUCUCCCGCGCUCACUCCAGGGUCGACGUCAGGGCCGGAGUCGCUCCUGGGAUCCCGCGGCCACCCCCGCCCGCAAAUGCCCGCCUGGCCCGACCUACUCACCGCGGCUCCGCGGGGCCCGCCCGGGGCCGCAGCUGCCCCCGCUCCCGGCGCGCAGGACGCCCUCCCCAACGACCCCUAGGGCGCGCUCGGCCUCUCCCGCGAGCCGGGCACCCAGGCCCGGCCCCGCCAGCCCCAGGGGCGGCCCCUUCCGGAGGGCGGCCUCCCGGCCGAGUGCGCGGUCCUCAGCCGCACCGCACGCCUUCCCCAGCUCGCGCUUCGCGGACUCGACUCGGAGUCUUCGGGCGCCGAGAAGAAAUGCCUGCCCCAGACAGGGAGGGGGUGGGGAGAGACGGGAAGAGGAGCGAGCGGGAGCGGAGACUAAGGAGGGAGGAGGAAAAGAUGGAGAGCAGGAAAGGCGAGAAAGGGGACUCGGUUGCCUUUCCCCAGAAAAACCUAAGGUGUAUCAAGGUGUCCGGGUGAAGAUCACAGUGAAGGAGCUGCUGCAGCAGAGAAGGGCACACCAGGCAGCCUCGGGGGGAACCCUGUCCGGAGGCAACAGUGUCCACCUUUCAGACCCAGUCCCACCAUCUUCUGCAGGACAGUAUUUUGAGCCUGAACCAAUUCCUUCCACACCCAAUUAUUUCCAACCCCGAGAAUUUUCCAGUUGUGUUUCUUGUGAAGAAAAUCCAGGCUUCCUCGACCAGAUAUUUGAUUCCUACCUUCAGACAGAGACACACCCGGACCCUUCGCCCAGUUCCAUGCAAAGUACUCCACACUAUUUCCCAGACAGCUUCCAGCCUGCCCCUUUCUGCUUUAACCAGAGCCUGACCCCAGGAUGGCCUUCGGAUUCCUCCACUCUCUCUGGUUCCUUAGACUGCAGUUACUCUCCUGCUCAGCUACCUUCAUAUACUCUGGAGAAUUACAACUCUCCCCCUUCUCUGGACACCAGAAACUGUGGCUACCCCUCGGAAGACUACUCCUACCCUCACCUGCCCUCACACACCCAGUACAACUGCUUUUCCUCUGCCACCGCCUCUGUCUGCUGCUGUGCAUCCUGCGAGGCAGAACACUUGGACACCUUCAGAGCUUCAGAGUGUUUUGCUUACCCCAGCACAGACUAUGUGGACUUCACUCCCUCAGCAGCAGCAAGCAGUGAUUUCUGUAGGAGGGAAACAAACUGGGACAUCUGCUAUAGUCAAUAGAAAUUACAUUAGUUUGGAACAUGGCAUGCAUGCGUCUAUUUUUUUACCACCUCUAGAUGACAACUCAAAAUAUGCAACCUGCUAACAAAAUAUCACAGGCGCAGUUUACAUGUCACCAUUUUCGAUUUUCUGACACUAAUUUAGGCAUUAAUAUGAAAUUCAGACCCAUAGUGCCACUCCUACUUUGUACGCUUACAGUUAAAAUUGUUGUAGGGAAUAUUCAUUUUACUUUCUGUGUAAC